AUGCCACUCCAGCUGCACCACCAGUGUGGGGCUCGGGCCUCUAAAAAGAACACCUGCCCGGUGUCGUCAGGCGAUAGGCAAUGCUGCAAAAUGCAAACGCAAAACAGUUGGCGAGGCGGAUCGCAGCACCACCCGAAGCACAGCACACUGGCCAAGGGGCUGAAAGCGCGCAGAGACGGCUGGCAGGGAACUGCGCACGCCCGUGUGCAGCGGGGCACGCGCGCCGUUGGGGCCGCCGCGACGCGGAGCCGAGACGCCACACAACAGCAAACUGGUUUCGACUGGCUUGUGAAGCUGUUUGUGCCCCAGCAGCCGGACAAGCCUGCCCCAGAGCAGCAGAAUGCAGCGCAGGAGCAGCAGCCAGCCCAGGCGGUCGCUGAUGCAGCCCCGCGGCCGCAGGCAGCCCAGCAGGAGCAGCAUGCCCCGAUGCACCAACAGCCGCCCUUGGCGCAGCACCAGCAGCCGCCCGUGGCGCAGCACCAGGCGCCCCCGAUGCAGCACCAGCCGCCCCCGGAGCAGCACCAGGCGUCCCCGGUGCAGCACCAGCCACCCAUGAGGCAGCACCAGCCACCCAUGGCCCAGCACCUGCCACCCCCGGAGCAGCACCUGCAACCCCCAGUGCAGCAAGGCCACCAUGCAUCGGCGAGUGGGCUGGCCAGUGGCUCGACAGGGCCCAUGAAGGCUAAUGCCAGUGACCUGCUGGCAGGCGUGCCGCUUGAGCAGAUGGUCCAGCGCAACAAGGCCCAGCAGCAGCUUAAGCGCCAGCUGGGGCAGCUCAACGGCAGCGCCAGCGGCGACAGCUGGGGAGACAUGGACGCCGCCACACAGCCACCAGCCGCAAGCAGCAGCAUCAGCGCCACCGCCGCUGCCCCAGCUGCCGUGCCGCCGCCCGCGUCAGCUGCCGCGCCCGCGGCGGCCGCUCCCAGCAGCACGAGCAGCAGCAGCAGCAGCAGCAGCACUUCCACCUCUGCCAGCAGCCCGGAUGAGGAGGACGACGGCCGCCAGCAGGCGGGGCUGUCUGCCGUCACCAGCCCAGAGGCCGCCAUGGCGCUGGCGGCGUACCACGGCGCCAUAGCGCACCGCAGGAAGGUUGGCGUUGCCUUCCGCCUUAAGCACGCUGCAGAGCCGGGGCAGCGGGUCAAGCUGGUGGGAGGGCACAAGAGCCUAGGGAUGUGGUCGCUGCACGACGCGCCGGAGCUGCAGCUGUGCAAGGGCAACAUCUGGCAGGCCACGAUCAAGCUGCCGGCAGGCAGCAUCACCGAGUACAAGUACGCCCUGCUGGACUCGAGCGGCAACGUGCUGGCGCUGCAGGCGGGCAACAACGGAGUGCUGGCCAUCCGCAUGAACGACCAGCGGCUGGAGGUGCAGGACACGUGGGCCGGCGACUCUUCGGGCGGGCAGGUGGUCUCCGAGGGGGAGGUGGGCCUGGCGUGGCCUGUCAACCGCGAGACGCGGCUCCAGGCCUGGGCAGCUGACAUGUUCCAGCAGCUAGCCAUGAUGCGGCAGGACCUGCGUCUCGCGCGCAUGGAGGUGGUGGGGGCGCAAGAGGAGACGCGCGAGGCGCGCAUGGAGGCUCUGCGCUACCAGUCGCAGCUGCUGGCCAAGCAGGUGAAGCUGGCUGAGGUGGAGACGGAGCAUGCGCUGGACAAGGCUCGGCUGGUGGAGGCGGAGACGAUCAAUUCCAUGCUGAAGGAGCAGCUUGCGGAGACCACCGCGUCGCUACAGGAGGCCAUUGAGCUGCUGGCUAGCGAGGAAGAGGAGCAGGACUAG